GGUUUGGGAUUUGGGAGCCCUCCGAAGUUGUAAAGCUAAGCGCUAAUUUUUUUGUUUGACACAUUAAAUGACGGCCGGGAAAUUGCAGUAUGCGUCGGCUGAAACGCCGAACCCGCCGACGGACCUAGCAGACGAAGCGGGCUGGGUGUGGCUACAGAUCAAGGCGGAGGCUCGGCGCGACGCGGAGGCCGAGCCAGCUCUGGCCAGCUACCUGUACUCAACCAUUCUCUCGCACCCGUCCCUGGACCGUUCGAUUUCGUUCCAUUUAGGGAACAAGCUCUGCUCUUCGACGCUCCUCUCCACGCUCCUCUACGAUAUCUUCAUCGACGCCUUCUCCAGCGAUUCGGAAAUCCGCGCCGCCACCGUCGCCGAUCUCAUCGCCGCUCGCUACCGGGACCCUUCCUGCGUUUCCUUCUCCCAUUGUCUCCUCAAUUACAAAGGGUUUCUAGCUUGCCAGGCACACCGAGUCGCUCACAAGCUGUGGAUCCAGUCGCGAAGGCCACUCGCUCUUGCACUUCAAUCAAGAAUCUCUGAUGUCUUUGCUGUUGACAUACACCCAGCUGCAAAGAUAGGGAAAGGCAUCCUAUUUGACCACGCAACCGGAGUCGUGGUUGGCGAGACUGCAGUGAUUGGAAACAAUGUCUCCAUACUCCACCACGUGACCCUAGGAGGAACCGGUAAGGUUGGGGGUGACCGGCACCCUAAGAUUGGUGAUGGGGUGCUGAUCGGUGCAGGGGCGACCAUACUUGGAAAUGUAAAGAUUGGAGCGGGAGCCAAAAUUGGAGCCGGGGCUGUAGUAUUGAUCGACGUGCCUCCACAGACGACCGCAGCUGGGAAUCCGGCAAGGCUUGUAGGAGGGAAACAGCAGCCAACUAAACACGAGGAAGUGCCCGGAGAGUCAAUGGACCAUACCUCUUUUAUUUCCGAAUGGUCUGAUUACAUCAUCUGAAAUCUCAUUUUCUUCUCAGCUUUUAUAUAUAUAGUUAUAAAUAAAACUAAAUGAGGGAUAAUCUUACAACAUUCAUAUCUUUCAAUUUGAUUAUAUUUUUUUGUGAAACCCACCGUAUGAUUGAAAGUUACUACGGAGUAAUUCAUAGAUUGUCAUCCUAAAACUUCACAAAAACCCAAGUUCGUUUCGUUCUUAAUCCAAUGGGAAAAAAAUUAAUGCAACGAAUGAAUUGCUCAAAACAUGUUAAAAUAUUAAUUGCUUGAUUUCAUACGAAACGAACUUGGAUUUUUGUGAAAUAGUAUGGCGAUCUAUGAGUUAGUAACUAUUUGGGUUUCACAAAAUAAAUAAUCCAAUUUAAGAUAUGAAUGUUGUAAGAUUUAUUGUGAAAAAAAAUUUGUAGUAAGAUUAUCCCUCAUGUUUAGUGGCAUUUGUUGUAUUAGCUCAAUAAAUAACUGUGUUAUGCAUUUUUGUACCAUACCAACUGAAUGUUGAGCAGUUAAUUUUUGUAUGGUGAGCUCUUAGUAGUCACC